AUGGACCGAGAUGAGUUAGAUGACCCAGGACACUACGCUCUCGAGGAAAGCUCAGGAUCAGCCUAUAUAGGCUCAGAAAACGAUGACAAUAGCAACUCAUCACAUGACGAGGAUGAAGUAGCCGCCUCGAGGGCAGGUUCAGCGAGGGGUAGAAGCCGGAGCAGGAGCAUAGCUAACAAGAAACCUGCCACGAAACAACGAGCCGCUACAGAAUCUGACCCUGAAGGAGAACAGGAGGAUCCAAAUCUCCAAGAUGCCUCGGCAUGGGCUGCAAAUUUUAAAGAGCCAAACGUAGAGGACAUCAAGACACCUCCGAGAGGAUCUCGUGUGCCGAAGAGAAAGGCGCAGAAACCUGCGCCAAAUGCCCGCAUGAACCUUCUCAAGGGCUUCUAUAACAACAAUUACCGAGAACUUCUGAACUCUGAAAUCCAGGAUGCGGUGUCGAGGGCAGGUCCGAGUAGUAAACUUGAAGAGAGCCAAAUUGGGUCAUCGGUUUGGACGAAGCACGAGAAAGCUUUAUUUUUUGCUUCCCUGGACCGACUGGGGAAAAAUGAUACCCCCGGUAUAGCGGAGUGGACCGGGAGCAAGUCACAGCAUGAAGUACAGGAAUACAUCAAUCUCCUGCACCAAGGCUCCAUGGAACGAAGAGCGCAAGGUCGCAAACUUGUUCUGUCCACUGGGCUUCCGGCCGCGAUGGAGGUCAGCGAUGAAUGUGCUGCUCUCUUAGAACGAGCUGGCGAUGCCCUCGCCACAAUUCAAGAACUCGCUGAGCAAAAGGUAGAAAAGGGGAAGUGGGGCGAGUCAUGGCUCAUCACAGAGGACGUGGCGCUUGCAAUUGAAAAGCGUCGUAAGGACGCAGCAGGAGAGGAAGCGAUGCGUGAAGUACUUCCAGCAGCCAACCUACUGGACUUCCGAAAAUGGCUUGAGCUUUCAAGUAGAGUAUUCAUGAAUUCCGCUGCUCCUCGCGAAGAGGAUAACUGGGAGAACAUUGCCGAGCCGGGAGAGAAGCCAGCCGUUCGGGCGACUGCCUUCGAGGAUUUCCAUUCUCUGGCUGUCAACAUCACGAAAAGGCUUGUGGCCACUGUAUUGUUUUGUACCCAGUCGAGGCUACGAGCCAAGGGCUCAAAUCUCGUCAAGCAUUCAGAGAUUAACGCGGACGAUGUAGAAGCAGCCUUGAAAAUCCUGGGCAUGAAAGCCAACAGCCACGAGUUCUGGAUCGGCUGCGCAAAGCGCUGUAACGUGAAGAUCGACGACGGCGGCUCUACCCUGACCUACGAAGAAGUAGAAGAAGCCCUCAGAGGAGAUCUCCCAGAAAGAGCGCGUUCACGAUCACGCUCCCUCGAUCCCAGGACCUUCCCUCGGACACAGGACAACCUUUCAUCGCCCUCAGAGCUGGACUCGGAACUGCUCGAUUCCGACGAAGAGUACAUGAGCACGCCACCCCGAGCUACCAGCUGCUCCGGCGACGAUUCUGGGCCAAGCAAGAGACGGAAGCUGGACCCGGCUGAAGUAGAAGAGAUGGCUGGCGAUGCACAGGACGUUUAUACGGAAGCUUUCGAUAUGCAUGCUAGCCAAGCGGAAGAGAUACGGCUGUGGGAUUUGCUGGAGCAGACAGCGCCGUUUGAGUUCAACGCGAAGCCUGCGGGGGGACCACCGCCGAAGGGCUUUAAAGACGGGUUGAUUGAGAGAGAAGAUUGGAGGAGCCAUGUUAGGUAUGUUGCGGAGUGGGAAAUGUUGGGUACGGCGGUCACAGAAGAAGAAUUUGAGAGGAAUAGGAAGAGGAAGUCUCGGGUGGCUAAAGGGAGGGUGGGCAAGAAGCUAUCUAGGAGCGAUGGAGAUCUACGUGCACGGGCGGCUAGGGGAAGAGCUUCAAGUGAGAAACCAGCCGACCGUGGUGUGCCGCAGGAGCUCGACGAUGAGCAGGAUGGCCUUCCCAGCUUCGAAGAACAGGAGCAAGAUGCCGAAGAUAGACUCGAGGCCGAGAGCUCGCGAGCUGGGCGCAGCCCUGAAGCCUUCUCUUCCUCACAUCGCUCAGUUUCCAGGGACGAUGGCUAUUCAAGGGCGGGACAAACGCAGCAGACGAAGGAACAGCCCAGCCCCAACUCCUCGGACGAGGAAGAUAGGUACCAGAGUAUCGAGUCAAAGUAA